CUCCAGUGUCCGUGCUCUCCUGUAUUUUGUACUCUUUCAAAUUCAAUCGAUAUCGAGCACCGAAUGAUGUCUCGGUGCAGCUCGUCUUGGAGAACGAAAUCGGGAUAAAUUUGAAUUUUACACAUCGCUGGAGCUGCCAUCUGAAGGUCAGUCUCAAUAACAGUAGCCAUCUUUCCGUUUCUCCCUGUGCAGUCUUAACAGUGCCCAGUGCAAUAAACACGCACAAGACACAACAGCUAAGACACCGCGACAGCUACUUUCUACCAAUUGUCAUUCAACGCCUAGGAGGAGCGCUUUAUUUCUUUAUAUAAGUAACACACUGAUAAAUGAAACUUGCAUUCUACGUCUACAAAAAAAAUCCGCUUUUCGCAACGACGCUGCGUACUACUGGUUGAGCCUUCACUUCCACCAGUAUCACGACACCACCACGCAAAGACGUCGUGAAGAAAGGAACAACAAGAACAUCAUCGGAAAAAAAAUCACGAAAGCAGAGCUCACGAAACAACCAAACAGCGCACCACACGUGGUUCUAUUUCCUGUGCAAGAAGAAGGUGGGAAAGCAAGGCACGCGCACGCGGCGCUGCAAAAAAUAAAUCGCUCGGUAACUAAGUAUUACUAUUUUACGGGCAUAUUUCACUGCCUCUUGGCACUGGUACGGAAGUAAGCACUCUUAGUUGAUGAAGCUACAACAGGAAGUGCCUACUUGAUAAUACCUAUCCUGAUUUUUCUUUUCCUUUUGCAUUUCAUUUUCCGCUUCCUUGCUCGCUGCGGGUUGGUCUCGCCGGUUUCUCGCGAGACCUCUAAGUUCUGGCUGCGUUAAUAUUUCUUACUGUUCGUGAUGCUCAUGCUAUCUCUACAACAGGAAUCACGUCUACUACACCUUGUGCCAGACGGCGUGACUACCUUUCCGGCGAAAUUUGAUCGCCUCCUGGCGCUGGUACUUAACAACUGAACUCUUCUUGGUUGAUGCAGCUAGAACUACAACAGGAAAAAAUGCGAAUGCCUAGUACUUGACUAUUCUCUUUUUUCUUUUAUUUCCCCUUGCGCUUCCUGCUCAGCCAGGUUCGGGAUCCCGAUUUUUGCAAGGCCUUGAAGUUCUGCGUCUGCCUGCGUUUUUUAUUAUUUCUUGUUGUGAAGAAGAAGAUGCUACUAUCAAUGUCAAUCUCUACAACAGGAGGAACUACAACCACUACAACACCUUGUUGUACCAAAGAACGGAGUGUUGCGCCACCACGUCGACGAGGACGGCAACGGGCAAGAUGCUCUACCGCUCUAUUACAAUGAAAAAUGCCCCCACCGCCACCCCCGAAUGCAAACCUUUGCAAAUGAAAAAUUCGCCCUCUUGCAUCUAUCAGCAUCACAGAUUUCCGGUCGUGAAUAGGAAAAAUUUGUAUUGCGCAAGAUCCCAGCAAAAGCGGCGCUCGUCAUGCAAGCAAUGCGAUAUACAUAUACGCCUAGACUCUGCAUCAGAAAGAUUCAUAGUCCUUUCAUGCAUGACAAAAAUUUUUCAUUUGGAAACUUUGCAUCACAAAUUAUUGCAACUUUGGGGGUGGGGGCAUUUUUCAUUGUAAUGCGCUCGGUGAAGUUUUUCCUGGUUGCCGUUGCCGGCGCUACGGCGGAUUUUUCGGGGAAGACCGAGCCGGUCGUUCUGGAACAGUUGGAAAAUGCGGCGGCCUUGGCUGCGGGAGCGAAGGACGAGGAAUCGGCUGGUGCUUUUCUGGAAGCAAGUGGGAGGGCGUCCCCCGCCCAGUGGGGGGGCGGCACAGCCGAUGCGACUUUUCAGGCUGCGAAGGACACAGGGGAAUAUUAUUUCAAAAAUGACCCGGUAUCCUGUUGAAAACUUUCUUGGCCCCCUCUCCCGGUGCUACGGGUGGGAUUGAAGAUCAAAAAAACGGUUUUUAACUUUUUUGUAGGCCGCCCUCUCGUACAAAUGCAACUAGAAGGAAAGGAGCAUGUCCAGCUGUGUCGCCCUACAAUUCAAGCUCACGGAGCGCCUGCUGCAGUCGAGAAAAAUCAAAGCAGUUACCCGACCCCCGUCGUUUCAUGUCACAGCGCUGGAUUUUCCGAAAACGUAUUUUUUCCACAUGGUAAAGCCAAAAGCUAAGGCAAAGCGCGCCUGUAUAUGAUUUUCUGUAGUUAGCUGCUUCUGAUGCUAUCGCGACCAGCUGGGUUGCCAUUUGGCCAUCCGGUGAGGGGUAUUUUUCUGAUGAUGCACGGAACCCGACAAAACAAUUGAGAUGUUUGGGUAUCGGACCGGCAAUGUUCCGGAACCAGACUUGCACCGGAAAAGAACGAAAUACAUAUUCUCUAAACAUUGGAUAUCCUUUUGAAAACUUUCUUCGCCUCCCCUCCCUCCGGGUACCACGGAUCGACGCACUAGUGAACACCACCAAAGCGGCUUUUUUUUCUCAGGCCGCCGUCUCUUACAAGUAUAAGCAUAUCCACCUGUUCAGUCUUAGCAUGGUACGAAGCACACUCUAAUGUAGUAGAUUCUUUCUGUACUUAGUAGUUCUGUUGCCACUGCCGGGCCUGUUGCAGGCGCGUUACCCACUUGUGCUAGUCAAGGCCCAGCACUGGUUUUCAUGAAAAAAGAAAUUUUGGACGUGCUAAUAUUGCAAAAAGCUGAAAGUAAUGAAGCAAGGCGCCUUGUUAUUAUAUGAUGUAGAUUAUCAUUAUGUCUGGCUCUGGGUCUGGUGCCGCCACUAGUACCAGCUGCAUUGCCGUCUGGCGAUCCGGUGAAGAUAGUUUUCUGAUGAUGCACACAGCCCAACCUUCACCUUGUUGGAUAUCUUUAUUCGAAUUCGCAACCGGUUGUCAAACAAGUGAUUGCACCAGCAGCUGCUCCUGCCCGACCAGUACAACCUAUUCUCCAGCAGCGGGCGCCCUUAAUAUCCUUUGCAGCACUAGUUAUUUUUCUUUCCCAAGGUUCAACUGGUCCCAUGUCCUGGUUGUAUAAUGAUCUCGCGAAGUGGUAGAGUGUCCGCAUCCAAUGCGGGAGGAGCACAUUUUGCAGUCAGGUAACAGUUAUCUAUGCGCACGCAAAAAUAAAAAGUUUAAGUAUCGGGCCAAUGUGAAGCGCAACUCAUGCUCGGUGUCGUAAUAAGGAGUACACAGAAUGUUGCGUUUGCGCACUUGAAUGAGAAGCCGCGGGCUUUCGGCUCCACCAGGCAGAGGGUUCCCCACCGCUUGAACCUGUGGCGGGUACCAUUUUCAGAAUGAUGCAGUCGGCCUGCUCAUGGCCAGCAACCUCCAGCCGGCAUCUGGCAUGAAGCGCCAGUAGGUGGAAAGAAGCAUUUUUAUCCACGGAAAGCGGAAGCUGCUCAUCGUGGUCGUGUUGCUUAUCGGGCGCAAGUGAAUGUGUCACAACUCUCACAGGGAAGAGGUAGUGCCAGGAAAAACUAAUACGCAACAGAAAAGUUGCUGAGAACAAAUCGCAUCUUCUGUGACAAUAUUCAAGGCCAUUACGGGUGGCCUCACUAGAGGCUAUAGAACCCUGGAGGAGCUGUGUAGCUCGUGCUGUUUUGAGGAGGCGCGACCACAAGAAGCGAUGCACUUUCUCAGUCUUAUUUCUUGACUUUGUGCGCCUCUUCUUUUUUUUUAAGCGCAAAGGAGGAGUUUGAGGUGAGCGAAACUUUUGUUCACCUCGCAGCCCUUUGAAAAUAGAGCUGCGGCUACGUAUCCUCUACCUCUUGGCCCGGGCCUGUGCUAUUUUUCCUUGCCGCGCCAGGGCAACGAAUACUUGAGUUUGGUGUCCUCGUGUGUUGCUGUUCAGAUGCACGACAUGACUGAGGACAAAUUAUUCGCUUGGCGCGUGACAAUAUUGAGAGUCCUGGCACUCGCCGUACGUAGCGGCUGCCAAACCGGGGCAGGGCUCCACAGAUGCGCUCCUGAGUGUGCCUCAGCAGAAACGCACUGAGCCACCCCUUCUGCGUUCUCUGCUCAUAUUUUAUGUAUGAAGUGCGUGGGCUGCAUUGUUGAAAACGCGAGCGAGCAGGAUGAAGAUGAAAGCGCCUGCCUUGUUUCUACCUCCUGGUCUGAGACUGUGACACUUUUCUACUGGACCGCCCCAUCCCCAUCCCGCCGACCGUUCAGCCUCCUCCCUCGCCCCCGUAUCGGAUGCAAAUAUGUCUGGGUCUGGAAGAACUUUACUUGUGAUUCCAAGAGUGGGAGGUCGUGUUCACGAUGAUCGAUGCCACACGAAGCGAUGGUUUAAAAUGACAAGUUUCUGAGUUGCAAGGUGUUGGCUACUAUCCAGCACGACAAAGCGCGUUUUGGCAUGACAGAAAGUUGUUGGGGGACGGGGCGGGAUUAUAGUGGUGAUUGGCGUUGCCUCUUACUCCAACCCCCGAUAGACAGACGUUGGGCCUUGUGGAUGACGUGCGUGACAGAUUUGAGACUCAUGCUGGUCGAGCAUGUUGACAAACUUGCACCUUUCCAGACCAAGACACUCAUAUUUGCAUGUGACACAAAACCCGUCGACUCUGUGCAGCCUCGAUUGAAUCUAGCGCGGGAGGGUAUGAGGCUGAACAUGGCUAGGGCUGGCACUUAUCGGAUGCAAAUAAUUAUGUCACAGUUCUCAUGGUGA